AUGCCCUCCUCCGCCAGUGACACGAAACACAUGAACGCUCUGCCCCGCCACCUUAUGGAGCGCGUUCACGAGCUGGCCAACAAAUUGCUACAGGAAGAAAAUGAGGAGUACGCGGCAGCCCAGAGGGCAUCUGCUUCUUCUUCCCACAAGUUCUACUCGACCAUUAUGACGUCUGGUACCCUGAGCGAUAAAAUCUCCGCCUUGACUCUUAACGUUCAAGAGUCGCCUCUACACAAUACCAAGGCACUGGAGACUUUGAUUGGUCUCGGAAAGAAGCGUAGUCGUGCGCAGGCAGUUGAAGUUCUGCGAUCAUUGAAGGAUAUGUUCGCGCAGGGUACUUUGCUGCCUAGUGACCGACGAUUGAAGUCUUUCACCAACCAGCCCGGGCUCGUUGCUGCAUUCCAAGGCGCCGGCGGGCGGUGGAACGAAAGAGACCCUCUCCCAGGCGGUUUGAAAAAAAAGGAUCUGAUUGUGUGGGCAUUUGAAAACUUUGUAAAAGAUCAAUUCUUUGAAGUCAUCAAGAUUCUUGAGAUUUGGUGCAAUGAUGAGAUCGAAUUCUCACGGACCCGGGCCGUCAGUUACGUCUACGAACUUCUCAAAGAGAAGCCCGAGCAGGAGACCAAUCUUUUACGACUUUUGGUCAACAAGCUCGGAGAUCCGGGCAAGAAAAUAGCCUCUCGGGCAUCAUACCUGUUGCUGCAACUCAUGCAGUCGCAUCCUAUGAUGAAGCCAAUCAUCAUCAAGUCAGUGGAAGAAGUGCUGUUCCGGCCUGGUCAGAGCUCACACGCCAAGUACUAUGCUGUGAUAACUCUGAACCAGACUAUCUUGAGACUAAAGGAAGAAAAGGUGGCCGGCCAGCUUCUGGACAUCUACUUUGGACUGUUCCUCGUGCUGUUGAAGCCCUCCCACCAGGGCAAGCCUGCUUCCAGCGGGAAGCCUGCCCCCAAGGGGAAAUACAACAAGCAUGGAAAGGGAUCGAAGGGCAAAGGCGACGACGAUGCUGCCAAGGGACAAGCCCAGGAUGACGAAAUGCGCGAGAAGCUGAUCUCUGGUGUCUUGACCGGUGUCAACCGUGCUUAUCCUUUCACUGACUCCGAUUCCGAGCGCAUGUCGAAGCACCUCGACACCUUGUUCCGUAUCACACACUCCUCGAAUUUCAACACUAGUAUUCAGGCCCUUAUGCUGAUUCAACAGCUCACGGUUGCUAACCAAGUUUCCGGUGAUCGCUUCUACCGCACUCUGUAUGAGUCUUUGCUCGACCCCCGCGUUGCCACCUCAUCAAAACAAUCUCUCUACCUCAACCUCCUGUACAAAUCUUUGAAGAAUGAUCUAAACGUCCGCCGAGUCAAGGCAUUCGUGAAGCGUCUUGUUCAAGUACUUGGUAUGCACCAACCCUCGUUCAUCUGCGGUGUCUUCUUCAUGAUCCGUGAGCUCGAGAAGACCUUCACAGGCCUCUCAUCCUUGGUCGACCAGCCAGAGGAGAACGAUGAUGAUGAUGAAGAGAUCUUCCGUGACGUCCUCGAUGAGGAUGACGAACAGCCGGAACCUGCUCCCGUUGUCGAAACCAAAAAGCAGAACAACUUGUACGAUCCCCGUAAGCGAGACCCUGAGCACAGCAAUGCCGACCGGAGCUGUCUUUGGGAAUUGCUGCCUUUCACCACUCACUUCCAUCCUUCUGUCUCCCUUAACGCUACCAAUUUGCUUGAGCACAACCCCAUGAGUGGCAAGCCAGACCUGACUCUGCACACUCUUACUCACUUCCUUGACCGUUUCGUGUACCGCACACCCAAGGCUAACGCCAGCUCCCGCGGUGCCUCUAUUAUGCAGCCCCUGGGUGGUGGUGAAGCCGUCGACCGGUUGGUGGAGGCUGGCAAGAAGAUACAAAACCAGUUGCCGCUCAACACCGAAGCCUUCUGGAAGAAGAAGGCCGAAGAUGUUGCCGCAGAGGAUGUCUUCUUCCACGAAUACUUCACUCGUGUCAAUAAGGACAAGGACAAGGUGCGUACCAAGAAGAGCAAGGAUGUUGACGCCGACGAUCAGUCCGACGAAGGUCUUAGCGGAGACGAGGACGAGAUCUGGAAAGCGCUUGUCGACUCUCGCCCCGAGCUGGAAGCCGACGAGGACAGCGACGAUGAUUUGGACAUGUCCGAUUUGGAAUCUGCUCUAGGCUCCGACGAAGAUGGGGAAGGCGCGGACGAGGACGACUCCGACGGUGGUGUCAUCUUCAACGACGAGUCCGAUGUUCCAUCCGACGAGGAAAUGGCUGAGUUCAGCGAGCCCGAGGAAGCCGCGCCUCCAGCCAAGACCAAGAAGGCCGCCAAAAAGCUCUCCAAGGAAGCCGAGGAGGACUCCGACGACUUCGACAUGGAUGUUUCGGACGACGAUGCCUUCUUCGACAGCGACGAGGACCUGCCAUCGGAUAUCGACUUGGGUGGAGUCGACAUGGAAGAGCCCGAAAAGCCCGCCGAUACUGCCGCCCCGGAGUCGAACCGCAGCAAGCGCCGCAAGCUCAAGCAACUGCCCACUUUCGCCUCCGCGGACGACUACGCUGCGCUGCUGGCGGACGAGGACGAAGGAAUGUAA